AUGGAACCCUCCGGGAACAUACCCAGCAUCGAGCCGCAAGAUGGACUAUCAUCCAUCGAGAACCUCCCUAUCGAUAUCACAUUCGAGAUAAUGAAGCGAUUACCAGAUAUCAACUCCUUGUUGAGCUUAAUCCAAGCCUCUCCUAGCGCAAUUCGUACAUACAACGCCUCGCAGUUUAACCAGAAUACCAUAAUCAAAGGUAUCCUCUCCACAGAACUUGAGGGGAACUUGCCUAUGGCAGUCAAACGACUUCAAGCAUUCAGGAUCAAGAAUAAGCCGAUGAGGCCUUACGGAACUUUCCCCAGGUGGGAUUACGAUCAGAUGAUGUCGGAAUUUACCGACGUAUACAUCAGCGGAAUGAAAUCGAGCCAGGUAGUCGUGCCUCUCGAUUACUUCACUCUCGAGACGGCUCUUGAGAUAUCGUCAUUCCAUACCUGCGUCUUGCGUUGGGUCGAUAUUCUAGCCAAACGCAUGCCAAGAGGACCAUCCAAUGGCAGAGCUUUCGGAUUUCUUAGUCCAUUGAGCAUUCGCUACCUCGAUGAUGAGGAAAGGUAUCGGAUUAUGAAGAUGCUCUAUAUCACCGAGAUUACCAGUAUCCUUCUUCCUGUCGUGUACGCCAUUUACAAUUAUAACAGCCUGGAAGAUGAAAUAUGGCAGUCCUUCUGGUAUGGUUUCCAUCCAUGGGAGUACUGCCAGUUCUUGGAUAUGCAGCAGGUACUAUACGAAUUAUGCGAUCGCAAAUUACGGGAUCAUUAUUAUUACAAACACUCCCCAAUCGGAAUAAAGCUUCGGCAAAUACGGAUGUUGAACCUAUCGAAAGAAGAGACACUGGAACUUAUCUGCAGAGUGACCGCCUUUCAAGCAGGCCUAGAGGCCUUAUUAGACGUAGUACCUUCGGCAAGAUCCGACCCGAAGAAAAGUGUCUACCAACCAGACAUUCUGGAUGUUAUACAAGGCCUGGAUGCACCGCUCUUGAUCACUUCUAGAUUUGUCCAGCAUGCCAAUGAUCGACUUAGGACCGACUAUAAUCGUUGGCUCGCCUAUGGUUACAAAAACCCGGAAGAUCAUUCUUUCGAUGGUAGGGAGUUGUAUUUCCCCAGAUUUGCGGACAAACCUCAUGAAUCCGCGGGCGUUGACGAAGGUCCGUUGAGGUGCUGGCUAUUUGAUAUCACGAAGUACAGUGAGCGCCAUAAUCUUGAUAAUAGCCGUGUAUGGCCUCGCGAUAACCCGAAUUUCGUCAUGACUUCUUUCCUAAGCGCAUAUCGCUGGGACUCGGAGGAGUGGCCAUUACCCUCACUUUCUGAUCUUAGAGAUGAAUCGGGAAAAUACGUGCUGACGAGGGAUAGCGAAUUGAUUCCUAUACCUAGCAGAUUCUAUAAAUCCUCAUCCGCGUAUCAGAUUGGAGGUCGGAGAUGAAGACUCGAAUGCUGUAACAGAUAAGUGAAAGCUGGCGGAGUAAAGAAUGGAGAAGGGAUUGGGAGGAUGCUAAAUAUGACCUGGUUCU